GCCGCUAACAUGGCGAAUGAUAACAAGGCAAGCAAAAAUGACACUGUUGGUUUAUUUCUUCAGGCAAUGGUGGACCGUGAACCAGGGAAGAGGAAGGUGAAACCAUCAAAAGCUGCACUGGUUGACCUAGCAGAAUUAGAUUUGGGAGAGAGUUCUGACGACAGUGACUUUAACGUAGAUGAAGCCAAACUGAAUGAUGAUGAUGAUAUCUCCAUCAAUAGUGACCCAGAUGCCCCUGAUAUUGAUGAUGAUGAUGAUGAUGAUGAGGAUGGUGAUGAUGUGGAUGAUGAAGAAAGUGAAGAAGAGAUUGAAGUACCUGCUGAAAAAGAAAAGAAUAUGAGUGUCACCCAGCUGUUGGAACAGGCUAAGAAGAAGCAAGUCUUAGAGGGAGUGGAACGUCCAAAGAUCUUGGUGUGUGCCGUAUGUCUUGGUGAUCAUUCCGAUGAUGUCAAUGAAAUAGUGACCUGUGAUGGAUGUAGUGUGUCUGUCCACGAAGGUUGCUAUGGUAUUAGUGACUCAAUAUCAGUAUCAAGCACAGUUUCAUCAAGUUCCACAGAACCUUGGUUUUGUGACGCCUGUAAGGCAGGCGUCGUUGAUCCACCGUGUGAACUCUGUCCAAAUCUAGGGAAUUCAUUCUUUACAGGCCAUACAAUUUUCAAGGAAACAGAGAUGGGGAGAUGGGUGCACUUGGUGUGUGCCUUGUAUAUCCCUGGUGUUGCCUUUAGUGAAGUGGAUAAGCUCUCCUUCCCAACAUUGUUUGAAAUGCCAUAUAGCAGGUGGGGUUCUAAAACAUGUACGCUUUGUGAGGAUGAACGUUAUUCCAAGACUGGCGUGUGUAUUGGCUGUGAUGCUGGGAUGUGUCGCGCCUACUUUCAUGUUACAUGUGCUCAACGUGAAGGUUUAUUGUCUGAGGUGAAUCAUGGUGAAGCUGACCAAGCUGACCCAUACUAUGCUCACUGCAAACUGCACACUGACAGGGAGCUCAUAAGGCGAAGAAAAAGAAACUGGUUGGCCCUACAACUUCACAUGAAACAAGGAGAGGCAGAUAAAUCUGGAUCCAGUCAGGAAACUCAAGAUCGCAUUCAACGUAAACUCGGGCGUUACCGAGACAAGUAUCUUUUCAAUAAGAAUAAUAGACCCACUCCUUGGUAUCCAACGCAGAAGAUGCCAAGAGCACUGUCCACAUCAGCCUCUCUCUUUCGCUCUUUGUUGCACAAAACCGAACUGAUGGGCCUUAGCACCGAAUCUCAACCAUCUCAGUCCACAAAUGUUGGGGACAUAAGAAAGAAGUGGCAUAUACCUCCAGCAUUCAAUGUAGAGUUCAUCAGUUACUAUCUAGACCGCACAAAUCGUCUGUCUGAGAUGAAAGACCGUCUAGAUUCACUUCUUACUGAAAAUUCACAGUUAGUGCAAGAGGAGACAGAGCUAAGAGUCAAAUGUAACCACAUGGAGUCAGACUGUGAAAACAUGAAAUCUGAAAAUGAUAUACUAUUGAAUAAAGCCCUAGAACUUCACGAUCUUCUCAAAGGCCUUGCAGGGCGGCCCCUCCCCCUCCCACCUGUUGUAGCUGCCUUGCACAACCCUCCAAGCCCUCCACUGCCCACUAGACCACUGCCAAAAGGCAGUUUAAGGGGGCCAAUCAUGACUAAAGCAGCAGCUAAAAUGAUGAUGACAGAGCAGGCACCACCAGCAGGAGGUGAGUGCUGGCCUGUCAGAUUUCAAGAGACAGUAUCAGGUUCUCUGACACUCAAUAGAUGUCGUGUCUGCCAGCUGACAAAGGAGCAGCAUUUACAGAUCGAGUGUGAUACCUGUGGACAUUAUUACCACCUGUCUUGUUUAGAUCCACCUCUCACUCGUAUGCCUAAGAAGACCAAGCAAAUGGGCUGGCAGUGUUCAGAUUGCUGUAAGUCCUCAGACUCAGAUAAAGCACCAGAGGUGGAUACAGCCGCACCACGCAGAUUACGUAGAAAUAUUAAAGAACCUGCAAAAUUUUCACCUUCAAUAGCUUCAGAACCAAAGGGCUGUGAUAUUGUAGACAAGGGCCAUCCCAGUGGGGUUAUGCCUACUAUCCUUACAAGUACAACCCAGUCUCAAGAUGACAAGCCUCCUGUUCAUCUCUACCAUCCUGGAGUAGCCUCAUUGCCCAUGAACCUUGAGGAAUCUGUUGAUUCUGCAGGGAAGAAGAGAAAGAUUUGUGACAAUAAGAAAGUUGUAACAAAGAAAAGAAGAAAAUCACAGGGUGAUGUGGAAAUCUCCUCAGGAGAUUCAGUUCCUGGUAACAAGUCAGUUGAAUCCAGUCCUUCAAAUAAGAUGUCCCCUACCACAGCCACCACAGCCACUGACCAUGGAAAGAAAGUUUCUGUUGAAGAUGCUGGUCCAGAGAUUCUUCAGGUCUCACCACUUGAGACUCGCUCAGGUCGGGGUAGGAAAAUUCUACCAGAACCUAAUGUAACAACAGCAGCUUUUUCGACAGUAUCCACAACUGUAUCUGUAACAUCCACAGCCACUUCUGUGACAGCAUCCACAACAGUAAUGACAUCAUCUGCAGCAUUGUCAGUAACAACAUCUACUAUAUCCACAACACGAGCCCCAGAACCUACCUCUCCAACCAAGACUCGCCGAACACAAAUAGAUUCCUCACCUCCAUCUUUAGUGUCUCAGGCUACAUCCUCACCCUCUCGUCAGCGACGGCAACCAUCUGAAGCUAUAGAAACUCUUCCUCAUUCCCGUCUUUCAUCUCCCACCCGUAGUCGGAGGAAUGUUAUUGACCUUACUGGUGAUACUACUGAUGCUCCAGUUCAUCCGCCUACACAACCAGAUUCAGAUACUUUGUCAAGUGCUGGAAAUCCUCCUGCUCCAAUUACUGAAAAUUCAGAAGCUUACUCUCGUCGUCGUGCAGGUUCCAGUAUUCACUUAGAUACCAGUGUAGAAUCCCUUCCUUCAGCUGCCUCACUACACUCUCCUACAUCUGAAUCACUCCACAGUGCUGAAGAUGAUCCUACAUCUCCCCGCAAGGAGAAACGACAUCGUGAUGGUAGUAAGAAGAAGAAAAAGGAUAAGGACAAAGAACUGGAAGGCGGUAGAAAGAAAAAGAAACACCAUCAUCGUGAUAAACAUGGUUUAGGAGAAAUGGCAUCAGAAAUGGUCACACCUGUGAGAAUUAAGAUCAAACCUCUUCCACCACGUCCAAUGGAGGAAAAUGGCUGUGGAGUUAAUUCUGCACCUAUCUCCUCAUCUUUAAAUCCAAAGGUUGUGACCAAUCAAGUUUCUUCUGCCACCACCACUACCAGCACUUCACAUGUUCGUCCAAACUACCAGACUAUGACUCCACCUGCGGGAUACCCACCUCUCCCUCCUGGUUACACAUUAACUCAACCAAUGGCACCACCCUCUUCCUCAGUGGUGCAUACAUCUGCACCUAGUCAUUCAGCGAACUCACACUUCCCAAUUUUCACCACCAGUCAAGCUUCUAUGAGUCAUGCAAAUACCUACACUACCAGUGGUUCAGGUAGUCGAAGAAGAUCAGACCCUAGUGAUCCACAGCAGUUUAGCAAGUGUGAUGUUUGUGGUGAGACGGGAGGUGUUACCAACACAGUUUCGUGUGAUGAGUGCAAUAAAGCGUAUCAUUUUAAUUGCCUUGAACCACCUCUUAAGAAGUCCCCAAAACGUCGUGGGUAUUCAUGGUUCUGUGAAGACUGUGAUAGUGCGACGUAGAACCCUGGGUGUAUUCCUGUUCUGCACGUGAGCAUUUCUUAAUGGUUGUGGGACCCUUCUGUUCUAUCUCAUUUCCUACAUGUUCAGUACUUGAGCCAGGAACCUAGUUAUUUUGCAGGUAGGAAUAUACUGUAUAAGUUGAAGCAGACUCUAGGUGUUGAGAUGGUGGAGCCUUAAUAAGUUAUUUCAGCAUUAUUUUGUGAUGCAGGUCCUGCCCACUUCUCCGUGUUUGGCUUUGAUCACGUAAUUGUUUCCUGCAAUUUUCAAAUGCAUGAACAUUUUACAUACAAUUUAAGCUUUAAAUGUUGACGUAUUUGACCAAAGUCCAAUACCAUACCCUACAACAACAGAAGGUGAAGGGGUAUUUCUACAUGGCAUUUAUCAAUAUUUUUGUUAGUACAGUAUAGUCUGGAUUUAUGCGGGUUUUUUUUACGCGCUUGGUCAUUUACGCAGCACCUUGCCAGAAUGAAAUGUUUUAAUUUCGCGGUAAAUUUCAUAAUUUACGCGG